UUUCACAUUCUUUUGUGAUAGCAUAAUAAUAAGCAUGUAUAGGAAUUGCUAAGAAUAGCUUUAGGAGCUAUCUAUGGCAAAUCAAGAUUCUUCUUCCACUUCUUGCUUAAACCAUGGUUGGACAUAUGAUGUCUUUGUGAGCUUCCACGGGAAAGACACGCGUCGCAACUUCACCGGCUACCUUACCGAUGCCUUGGACAGAAAGGGAAUCCACAUUUUCAGAGAUGACAUAAGGCUGAAGAAAGGAGAAGGGAUUCCAUAUGCACUAGUCAAAGCAAUUGAAGAGUCUAGAAUUGCUGUGGUUGUUUUCUCAGAAAACUAUGCAUCCUCAAGCUGGUGUCUUGAUGAGCUGGUUGAGAUCAUGGGGUGCAUGAAAAAGAAGGGACAGUUGGUGAUUCCCAUUUUCUACUUUGUUGAUGCUUCUGUGGUAAGGCAUCAAAGGGAGAGUUUUGGAAGGUCCAUGGAAAAGCAUGAAGAAAGGCAUGGCAAAGAGACAGUAAGUAAGUGGAGGAUUGCAUUGAAAGAAGCAGCCAAUUUGUCAGGAUGGAGUUUCAAAAAUGGGUAUGAGUAUAAGUUUAUUCAAGAGAUUACUGAGAAAAUAUCAAGCAUACUAAACAUUACCUCUUUACACAUUGCUGAUCACCCAGUUGGAUUAAACUAUAGAGUGUCAAAAGUGGUGAGGCUCCUAGCACCAAAUUCUAAUGAUAUCAAAAUGGUUGGAAUCUAUGGCAUUGGUGGAAUUGGCAAAACAACCAUCGCUAGAGCUGUGUACAACUCAAUUUCUAGCAGGUUUGAAGGGUCAAGCUUUCUUGCUGAUGUGAGAGAAAAUACAGUGAAACAUGGUUUGGUCCAACUACAAGAGACUCUCCUCCAUAAUUUUCUUGGAGAAAACAUCAAGUUGGGUGAUGUGAACAGAGGAAUUCCCAUAAUAAAAAGAAGGCUUUGCACCAAGAAGGUUCUUCUGAUUCUUGAUGACGUCGACAACCUGCGACAACUGAGGUCAUUGGCUGGCAGCCAUGAUUGGUUUGGUUCCGGAAGUAGGAUCAUCAUAACAACAAGGGACAAACAUUUGCUAACUGCUCAUGGGGUUGAAAAUGGAAACAUAUAUGAAGUGAAACAGUUGAAUGAUCAUGAAUCUCUUGAGCUAUUUAGUUUAAAUGCUUUUAGAAGAAAGCAGCCAAAGGAAAAUUAUGUCAACAUUGCGAACCGCAUGGUUCAAUAUGCCAAAGGCCUUCCACUGGCUUUGAAUGUGAUUGGUUCUGAUCUGUUUGGCAAAACAAUUGAAGAAUGGGAAAGUGCAUUGAAGAAAUAUGAAAGAAUUCCAAGCAGAGAGAUCUUGGAUGUGCUCAGAGUAAGCUAUGAUAAUUUGGAUGAUAAUGAGAAGGAAAUUUUCCUUGACAUUGCAUGUUUCUUCAAAGGAAACUUUAGACAGGAUGUGGAAAAGACACUAGUGGCCUCACGUUUCUUUCCAGAAUAUGGCAUUGGAGUACUUAUUGACAAAUCUCUAGUAACUAUUAGUGAUGCCAACACAAUUAAGAUGCAUGAUCUUAUACAAGACCUUGGAAGAGACAUUGCUAGAAAGGAUUCGCCAUUCGAUCCGGGGAAACGUAGAAGACUAUGGCACUGUGAUGAUGUUCUUGAGGUCCUGACAAAAAACACAGGAACUGAUGCAAUUGAAGGCAUAAUGCUGGACAUGACCAACCUGAAACAAAAAGUUCCAUUAAAUUCCAACACCUUUGAGAAUAUGAAAAGACUUAGGAUUCUCAUAGUUCGGAAUGCACAAGUUUCUGGAGCCCCCAAUCAUCUGCCAAAUAAUUUGAGAUUGCUUGAUUGGGAUGAAUAUCCUUUACCUUCUUUGCCAGCUGAUUUUCAUCCAGAGACACUUGUUGUACUCAACUUGCCUCAUAGUAUUCUCACAAUGGAUGAGCCAUUCAAGAAAUUUGACCAUUUGACAUAUAUGAACUUCAGUGGUUGUGACUCUCUAACUACAUUACCUGAUGUGUCUGGAACACCAAAUUUAACAAGAAUUCUUGCUAAUGAUUGUCCAAACUUGGUUGAGAUUCAUGAUUCUGUUGGACAUCUCAGCAAACUAGUCACACUGAGCACCGAACGAUGUCCCAAACUCGAGGGAUUUCCAAGUGGCCUGAGGUCAAAAUCUCUUGAAUACCUUAACCUUAGGGAAUGUUCUAGCAUUCAGAGUUUCCCAAAUGUUUUGGAAAAAGUGGGAAAUAUGAAAAAUAUUGAUAUAGGAGGGACUGCCAUAAAAGAGUUUCCAAACUCAGUUGAAAACUUCAGUAGUAUUGAAGAGUUAAUUUUGAGAUCCUGCAAAAGUUUUGAGGUUCUACCUAGCAAUCCUACCAUGUUUCAAAAUAUUGAAGAGCUGAAUGUGGAAGAAUGUCCUCAACUUCCAAAACUCUUGUGGAAGUUAUUAAAGGACAGAAUUGAUUCGCUCCCAAAGUUAAGUAGACUAACUCUCAAAAGUUGUGAUCUAUCAGAUGAGGAUCUUGAGUUAAUUCUCAGUUGUUUUCUCCAAUUGAAAUGGUUGAUCCUAUCAAAUAAUAGCUUCACAACAAUUCCUGAUUGUAUUGAAGAUCUUUCAAGCCUCUUGCUGCUACAUGUUGAUAACUGCAAUCAGCUUAGAGAUAUUUCAGUGCUUCCACCAGACUUACAAUACAUAAAUGCAAGGAAUUGCAUGUCAUUGACUUCGCGGUCAUCAGAUGUAAUAUUGAGUCAGGCAUUUCAUGAAGUUGAGUACUUAGACAUUGUUGUGCUCAGGAGACAAAUUCCAAAAUGGUUUGACCAUUGCUGCAAAGGAGGGUCUGCAGAUUUCUGGGUUCGUAGAAAGUUCCCCAACAUUGCUCUAUUUUUUCUGUUAGGAGGCCAAGACGAACAUAGAACCGAUCAUAUGUGCGAAUUCCACUUGUUCAUCAAUGACCUCCUAGUAUUACAAGGAGAAAGAGAAUGGCCAGUGGAUCAUGUAUGGUUGUUUGAUCUGCAAAUUCACCUCACUGAAAGCGAACGGCACAACAUCAGGGAACAAAUAAAGUCCGGCUGGAAUCAUGUGAAGAUUUCAUGUUCAGUCAUGAAUGAGCCAAAAGAUGUAAUUGUUAAAGGCUGUGGAAUCCAUCUUUACAAAGAAAGAAUGAACAUCCAUGAUGUCUCCUUUAUUAGUCCUGAUCUACAUGGCUCAAAUAGCUUCCCCAAGAAUAUAGCUGAGCUCUUGGGAAAUCUUCAUUCCGGAAAAAGAACAGGUGAUGAUUUGUCUGACUAUGAUGAGGAGUUGGAACUAGACAGUGAGACUGACAACCAGUCCAUGGAAGUUGAAGAGGAGCAAUAUUCAGCUUCGAUCAAUCUUCAAAUCCCAGAAAUAUGCAAAAUCUCAAAUCAUGAGAAAGAAACAGAUGCCAAUUCCCACAAAAUACUUAUGGAUCCUUCAAGAGGAACACAAGAAGCCUUUGUUAGUAUCAAUGAGGAAGAGCUAAAGCAUCAUAGGAAAGGAAAAUUUAACAAGGAUGGAAUUGGCCCAGAGUCAAGUAUGACUGCAUCAAGAAGAAUAAACAAUGGAACACAAGUGGGAGAUAAAAUCAAUUCUGGAAAAGAAAUCAACGGUUCAUCAAAUCCUCAUGUUUCUGAAAAUAUUGGUCUCCACAAGAGCAAACAAAAAUCAAUUAUCCUAGUUGAAGCGAAUGCAGAAGCUAUUGAUAUAAAUGAAAACCAAGUAGAUAUUUAUCAUACUCAUACUCAUUUUCCAGCAAGAAUCGAUAAUGGUCAACAAUCAGUGCCUAAUGCAGAAGCAUACACAAGUAUUGUUGAAUCUUCUGUUAAUGAGGACAACAUGGAAACAUUUUAUGCCUCCCUUGAAGCAGAGACAGAUUCUGAGUCUUAUCCCCAUGGAAACCAAGCCAACAUUGUAUCUGUCAUAACAAGACCUAGCGAAGAAACAAAGAAAGAAUUGCAGUUUCUGCGAGACUUGGUCACGAAAAAGUUCUCUCUUUUGUUACACCCUGGGCGUUCUGGAUUGUUGAAAGAUAAGCUAAAGUAUCUCCUCACUUUGCCUCCAGAAGAAGGAGUUUCUCUGAGAACAAAUUUAUUGCUAUCACAGCUUUCAACAAGUUUUGCUCAAUGGAGUGUGGAUUACAACAUUGCGAGUGUGAAACUUGAAUCAGCAGACAAAGAACUAUUGAGAGCUGAGAAAGUGAGAGAGGAACUUAAAGGGAACAAGGAAGAAUACAAGGGAGUUAAGAUGGUGGAAGAUACUCUGUGGGAUCAGUUGGAAUCUUUGGAGGAAAAGAAGAGGGAGCUUGAAGUGCAAAUCAAUGCCAUAAAAACUGAGAUUGCGGAUUUAUCAGCAGAGAGUAACAUAGCUGCUAAGAGAAAGAGAGAAGUAUUUGAGAUUGCAAAGAUUCUGAGAAGUGAAAGGGAUGGUUUGAGGAACCAAGUGCCAAGGUUGAAAGCUGAGAAAGAAUGGGCAAAGGUAACACAGGUUAAUAUUGAAGCAGAGUGGUCAUUGCUUGCAGAACAAGUCAUUGGAAUCACUACUUUUGAAGAAUGAAGAGUGGGUGUAAUAAGAGAUUUAUAAUA